AUGUCCAUCUCGAAACCAGCAGAAUUAAAAGAACUACGGACAACUGCAAGUAAAGGAAAGAUUCUAGAAGCUUUGGACGAUGAUGUGUUGCUAGUGAACAAACUUCGAGGACAGUUGAAGGAGAAAGCUGGGAUUGAAGCUAAUGAGAAUGAAGAAGAAGCAGAAGAAGAAGCAGAAGAAGAAAAAGGUACACACGAAAGCAAAUGGGACGCAGAAACAGACUUCUACAAACAGAUUGACGAAAAAGCCUUUCGUCAGUAUGACUUGGCGAAGUCCAGGGUGAAGGCAUUUUACGAAGAACAGCAUGAGAAACAGACUGUGGCAUACAACAUCCAGGCUCGAAUAAACUUCAAAACCAAAGUCAGAGCGAAAAUGACUGUCUGGGAGGGACUCGAAAAACUCAACAAACUUCUAGACGAAAGUGAUCCAGAUACCGAGCUAAGUCAAAUUGAUCAUGCACUUCAGACGGCGGAAGCGAUCAGAAGAGAUGACAAACCUAGAUGGAUGCAGCUUGUGGGUCUUAUCCAUGACUUGGGUAAGUUACUUUACUUCUUUGACUCGAAAGGACAAUGGGAUGUGGUGGGUGAUACAUUUCCCGUUGGUUGCAAGUUUCUGAAGAAAAUAAUUUUUCCAGAGAGCUUUCAAAAAAACCCCGACUUCUUCAAUCCCUUGUACAAUACAAAGUAUGGAAUCUAUUCCAAAAAUUGCGGAUUGGACUCCGUCAUGUUGAGUUGGGGCCACGACGAGUACAUGUAUCAUAUCGCGAAGCUAAACUCUACAUUGCCUCCAGAGGGCCUUGCGAUGAUCAGAUAUCACUCGUUUUAUCCAUGGCACCAAGAAAACGCUUACAAGUAUUUGAUGAACGAACACGAUGAGAAGAUGUUGAGUGCUGUUCGGCAUUUCAACAAGUAUGAUUUAUACUCUAAAGCUCAUGAGCAAUACAAUGUGGAAGAAUUAAAGGGCUACUACUUGGAGCUCAUCGACGAGUACUUUCCAAGUAAGCAAAUCGAAUUCUAG